AUGGCAAUUCAGACUAUCACAUGGAUGAGCGCCUUCCUCUGCCUCGUGCAAGUGUUCUCGAUGCCCAUGCCUUGCCAGCUACAAGGACAGCUGGUGCGAACAACCCACAACCUACUGAGAGACAUGGGGGGUCAUUUUCCUCUGGAGUGCCUGCAAGAGAAUGUCUUCAUGGCAUUCCCAGCCACCUCAUUUGCAACCUCCGGGGCGCCACAGUUGAGCAGCAGUGCUGCUAAGGCUAUUUAUGAGACAUUGAAGAACAUCGACACGUUGUUCGGAACUGACGAACUGCCGACAAUGUGGGACCAACAGAAGUUGGAGUAUUUUCAGAACAUUAUCUACCGUCAGAUUGAAGAGAGCGAGUGUAUGAGCAGUGUGGAUACAAGUGAUUAUCCCAUCAGGGCAGAGGGCCUGAAGACAUACUUUGGGAACAUUGCAGCAGUUUUAAAAGAAAAGAAUUUCAGUUACUGCGCCUGGGAAGUGGUUCGAAAAGAACUCCUGUACACCCUUGAAUUCAUUCUGAAACACACCUCUGACAGCCUUCUGUGGUCCAACAGAACAUGAAUUUGAACUUCUAGAUCUUUUUUUACUAAUUUGUUUUACAAUUGAGCUUGAUUUUUUAAAGCCUUCUAUUCUACAAUCAUGCAAUGUGCAAUGUCAAACAGCAAUAUUAUAAAUGUAUUUAUUUAUUUAUCAACGUUAUUUAUUGAU